CAGCUGUCAAAUCGAUGUUUAUUUUCUACUGCUAGAUUGUGUGUGCAUGAUUUUGCAAUAAAUUAAAAUUUAUUUGUUUCUGAUAAAGUAAACUUAAUAAACAAUAUCAAAAUGUUUGGUUUCAACAUGUUUCAUGAAAUAUCGAGGCCUUUCAACAUGACCUACAGAUGCUUCUCAGUGUCCAUGCUGCCAGGAAACGAGAGGCAGGAUGUGGAGAGAGGAGGCAAAAUAAUCAUGCCACCGUCAGCGCUAGAGCAGCUAACAAGGUUGAAUAUAGAGUACCCCAUGAUCUUCAAACUGACCAAUAAGAAGUCCAAGAGGUCCACACACUGCGGAGUCCUGGAGUUUGUGGCUGAUGAGGGGAAGGUGUAUUUACCACACUGGAUGAUGGCCAAUUUGGUGAUGGAGGAGGGCACUCUGCUCCAGAUUGAGAGUGUUUCCCUGCCCGUUGCUACAUUCUCCAAGUUCAAACCGCUUUCUGAGGACUUCCUAGACAUAAGCAAUCCUAAAGCAGUACUGGAGAACUGCCUACGUAACUUCUCAUGCCUGACGACCGGUGACGUCAUUGCCAUCAAGUACAACUCCAAAGUGUACGAGUUGUGCGUGCUGGAAACCAAGCCCGGGAACGCGGUCAUCAUCAUCGAGUGCGAUAUGAACGUAGAAUUCGAAUCUCCCGUCGGCUACAAGGAAGAGGAGCGUACAAGCCACGAGACCCAGGGCGAGGCGGAACAUGACCCCGCAGCCCUCAUGCCCGAGCCCAGCGGCUUCGUGCCCUUCAAGGGGGAGGGGAACAGGCUGGAUGGCAAGAAGAAGAAGCUGGUUAGCGAGAGCGACUCGGAGCCGGCGGCGCAAAGUCGACAGCCCUAUGUCCGCGGCAUACCCGACUAUGACUACGAAAUCGGCACUAUCCGGUUCAUCCGCACGCGGCCGUCGAGCGCGCGCGAGGACACGCCCGUCCAACCCUUCGAGGCCUUCAAGGGGGAGGGCUUCACACUGCGCACUGCCAAGUCCAACUAAUC